AUGGCGCGCGUCGUGAAGUUCUCCCUGGCGACGCUCGCUGUCCUGCGUGCUGGCGCCCUCGACUCGGCAGCGGAGGCGGAGGCGGAGGAGUUCAGCGCCGGGGCCCUGGCAGCGGAGGUUCAGGAGUCGAGUGGCCACAGGGCGUACUUGGACGUCACCGUUGGGGCGGUCAGCGCCGGGGCCCAGGCAGCGGAGGUUCAGGAGUUGAGUGGCCACGGCCACAGGGCCUACAUGGACGUCACCGUUGGGGCGGUCAGCGCCGGGGCCCAGGCAGCGGAGGUUCAGGAGUUGAGUGGCCACGGCCACAGGGCCUACAUGGACGUCACCGUUGGGGCGGUCAGCGCCGGGGCCCAGGCCGCGGAGGUGCAGGAGUUGACUGGCCACCGCCAGAGGGCGUAUUUGGACGUCGUCGCCGGGGCGGUCAGCGCCGUGCCUUUCCAAAGGACGCCGAGGUGGAUGAGCUCGAUGCCGGAGAUCGCCCCAAGGGUGCACGCAGGCGGGCCCGUGAGCGCGCGAUCGCUGCACAGACCGCGGAGGACGUCGCCAAGACGGGUUGCGCUCAGCUUGGUGGCGACAAGUGGUUCUCGGAUGCGCACGGCGAGCUGUUCCAGGUGA